AUGUACAGCCCAAUGAAGCGCGGCGUGCUCCCCCUGUACAGCCUCCUCCUGCUCGUGGCUAUGGCGGCGACGCUCACCGUCAGGGUGCUGUUUCACCAAAAAAGCUCGUUCCAGCUGAGAUACGAAGCCACGCCGGUUAAAACCCCUCAAAGACCUGUAUUUAACGAAACCCUUCUGAGAUUUGCCGGAAUCGACAUUGGGGAGCCGAGGUUGAAGGAGGAGAUCGAUGACCUUCUUGAGGGUAACUUCAGAACCCGCGGCCGGCAGAGGUCGUUCUUGUCUUCCGGGAAGUAUCAGAUCGACCUGCGCCUCAGGUCGGCUAGAGGGACUCCCUUGCAGCUCAGGUCGCCGGAGUUUUACCGGCUCUGGUCGAGUUUCAGGAAGCACUUGGGCGGCUGGUCUAGGAAGCGUAGAUUCCGCUCAGAUAUACUGUCGGGCUUGACCGAAGAGGUUAAAUCCUUGAUCGAUAAGCACAAUGGGAAAAACGGCUCGAUCGGGCCCUACAAGAGCUGUGCCGUGGUGGGAAAUAGCGGGAUCUUGUUAAAAAGUGAACAUGGCAGGAAAAUCGAUAGCCAUGAGGCUGUUAUCCGUUUGAACAAUGCCAGAACAAGGAAAUUCGAGUCCAAUGUUGGUGCAAAAACGAAUAUCUCGUUUGUGAAUAGCAACAUAUUGCAUUUGUGUGCGCGAAGGGAAGGUUGCUUUUGCCAUCCGUAUGGCGAUGACGUGCCUAUUGUCAUGUAUAUAUGUCAGCCCGCACAUUUCUUGGAUUACUUAGUGUGCAAUCCUUCUCAUAAGGCUCCUUUGAUCAUCACGGACCCGCGAUUUGACGUUUUAUGUGCAAGGGUCGUGAAGUAUUAUUCACUGAAAAGGUUUGUUGAGAAAACGAGGAAGGAUGUGGGAGAGUGGAGCUCUGCUCACGAGGGUGCAAACUUUCACUACUCGUCUGGCAUGCAGGCGAUUAUGCUGGCAUUAGGCAUUUGUGAGAGGGUUAGCAUUUUCGGGUUCGGAAAAUCUGAUUUUGUGAGGCACCACUACCACACGAAUCAGAAGGCAGAGCUGUCCUUGCACGAUUAUGUGGCAGAGUACGAUUUUUACCAUGAUUUGGUUGAGAGGCCGUGGGCAGUACCGUUUGUCUCGGCUAAAUUCAAGUUCCCUCCUGUGGUUAUGUACCACUGA